AUUGUCAAAGUCUUUAGCUCCUCCAAGAUCAGACCAGCAGCCGGUGUUCAGGGACCACCAUGCCCUCAGGGAAGACAAUUAAACUCAUCCUGUAUGAGCUGCUGCAGUUCGCGGCCCUUGUGGUGCCAGUUUUUGUGAUCAUGGAGAGGUUCGCCGGCCUCAUCCAUGAUGUUAAAGGACGGGAUCUCACUGCGUACUGGCUGGUGGUGGCGGCCUCCAUCGCAUAUACGACCUCUGUGACCCUGCUGGUGUGGGUCCCCCUGAAAUAUGUGAUCAUCAAGAAGAGGAGGUUCAUAUCAGAGAUCACAGAGUGGUGAGUACAAAAAGUGACUUUUUUAUUAGUGGCACACAAAGGAUGAAGAUAAAGCACCUGAAACUCAAGUUAGACACAAAGGGGGGAAAAGGCAAAAUGGACCGAGAACAAACCUUGUUUCAGAUUUUAUUUCUUAUGCUUUAGAUGGAAAAUGUAACAAAAAAGAGUGUUCUGGAAAAAAAACAGCUAGAAAUGUGAGGAAAUUCUGGAAAUGCUCAUUAUUUAUUGCUCAUUUUAACCACCUUAUGAUAUUAAAUUUAUGGUGUAUUUGGCCAAUUUCAGCUAAUUUAAUCUCAAAGGGUCCUUUCAUGUAGCUAUAUUAAUAUGUAUUUGCAUAAGGUUAAAAGUAAAGCCAUGAAACUGUGAAACUAUAUAUUUUUUUAUAAAUUUAAUGUUAAAUUCACGUCCUUUACACCCCUACAAGUUAGCAAACACAUGCUUUUAUGGUAACUUAUUUUUGUAAAGUAACAUGUGACAGGCGUUUUGUGUUUGCUAGGCAAUGUUGGCUAACAUUAACAAACUUUAUAUGAGUCAACUGCACGUGUGGUUUUGCAUAUAUGGCUUAAUAACCUUCAUACCUGUCUGCCACAGUAGGCCGUAGUUUCGAUAUGAAAUAUAAAUAAAGUACUAACCACUGUAAUGAUACAACUCUGAAUGUUAGCUAAGUCUUACAAACAUCAUAGUUCAGAUAUGAUGUGUUUUAAAAUAAGAUUAUGUACCAAACAAAAUUCUUAUGAUUAUUGUUCCAAUAUGAGCCGAAAUGAUGUAUUUUUGUUUUCCAGGAGACCCACAGCGCUGGCGUACAUCCUCCUGUGCACAUUACCCUGCUUUGCUAUUCUAAUAGCUAGCUCCAAGGUAAAGUCAUCAAGACAGAUUGUCCCUGUCUCUGUGAAGCACCUGUUGACGUUUUGUUCCGCCACGCUCUGCCGGGGUCCUUGAAGAGCCUUAUUUGUUGUAAACAGUCCAUUUGUGGCACCAACUCGUUUUAUGACCCCCAUGUGUAAGAGGAUGUGUUUAGAGCACCAUAAUUAUUCACUCAGUGAUGGUGGACACGCCACAUUGCCCCACCGAGAAAGAGAAAAGAUGGCCUGUCAACAAUUCGGCUCACUCUCCUGAGAUCUUUUGCUUUUUAAGAUAUCUCAAAAUGUCUCUUUCUCGCUGUGCGCUUAGAAGGACUUUGGCACAAUCUUGAGUAUGAGGAAAAGACAGGAGGAAUGUGCACACUGUCACGAGACUGCACUCCAAAGCUCAGGUAUUCAGUAACCCACAGAGAACAUAACAGGUUGGCCAUUAACCCAAACUUUAAUAACAUUCUCCACAACAAGACGAGAAUUUUUACACGUGACAAUAUGUCUUCAGUCUUUUUAUUUUUUGACAGGCACGGUCAUAAAUAUGAACAAGAACAGCCACUAAGACUUGCCACACGUGCUCAUACAUCUAGUAUGUUUUAUUCUUGUGUUGGGGGCGUUCAACAGCAUCUCAAUACCCUUGAUGAUGGGGUUAUAAAAACCUCAUUGCUUCAUAAAAUUUGAAAUGCAGGAACUCUCCGUCUCUCCUCAUGAAGAGUUUCGAUUUGACUUCUCUCUGCUCCAUCUCUCAUCAUUUUUAAUUUUCAGAGCACUUCUUUUAUAACUGUUGACCUCACACUUAGGUUUGCUUUAUUUGUACUGCAGGUACAAGUGGAUAAUGGACAAUGGCGUGAUGCUUUCACUGAGUUGCCUGUUUCCUUGGUGCUUGUAUGUCUAAUCUGUGUGGACGUCAUAGAGAGGAUUCGACCCUGCAAGCUCACUGGGAGAUGUAAGUACAGAAGUUUCCUGAACCGAAUAGUGUUUAGGAUGCAUUUUAAUCCAUUGUAUUUUUUGUCAAUUUCUUCUUUUUCUCAUUACCAAAGUGACUCCAGCAAGCGCUCAGAUCCUCGGGGUCCUCAGACUGUUUGAGCAGAAAUAAGCUUAUGGUCAUUUGAGUUAUUAAAAUAAUUUUAGUAAUAUGCUCCACAGAAGACGGUGUCCCUUUUCACAAACUUGAGGCAGCUGAAUUGAAGGCACCGCUGCCUUUAACAGAACAGUUUAAAUUGAGUUAAAUGGCCCUUUUUCUCAUACAAAUUCGUCCUUAAAUCUGCGACAUGCAACUUUGACAGAAUAACAACAACAGUUUACAGAAUUUUGGAGGCAUCUAAUCCUGGAAAUAUGAACAUGAAUGCAUCAUCUGUAGUGCAGGAUGAGAAUCUAUCACAGCCAUAGACUGCUCAAAGCUUAGACGCAGUCAUAGUGAUCUCACCCACUGGUUUCUAGAGGGUUGUUAUCCAAAGAAAUGGAGUUGAAAACACAGAUUCGAUGCCUGUAAACCAGCUUUUUACCUGCCUGUCAAAUCAGCCACACCCUUAGUUAUGUGUAACUCUUAGACGUGAUGUCAAAACAGGUGAGUUAGAACAGAAACACCUCUGCACAGUUUGAACCAAUAAGGAAGUAAAAAGGAUCAAAGCUGUUUCCAGUACCAGGCUGUAAACAUGUUUAAUUCAGUAAAAAUGGGCUUUCAGUGCUGGUGUAAUUGGGAUCUCCUUGGCUUUUGGAGUCAGUCUCAAGGGGACACUUUGAGAGCUGUAGUUUUCUGCACUUGCAUUUGUGUUUGCUUACUGCACCACACGACCUAUCUGCACCAUUCUUGUGCAACUGCCCCACUAGCUUUGGCUUGUAACAUCUGCACAGGCUGAAGGCAUGCAGGUAACCAAUCAUCCCAGUUCGGCUUUAAAAAAAUUACAUUUUCUCAGUCUCAUAAAAGCUGAAUUAAAAUAUUUUUCCCAGUGCCUUUUUUUUGAUGCGGCAGGGAUUUCAUUACUGUUGGAUAUCAUGAAAAGUCCCCGUUUCCUUCACAUAAAAAAACUUCUCAUAUGAGCUUUAACAUAAAAUGCUGUGUGUUAUGAAAUCUCAUGUCAGGACAGCAACGUCCAAUAACCAUUUGGACUUCAAGUUACGGAAUCAUGAACAGCACUUUAUGUAACAGCUGGUGUUGUGUGGGCUUUUGUUACUUGCAGCAGACAGCCUUGACCCUGACCUUGACAUGCCUGGCCCCGUCCUCACCCACCUGGAGCAGGUGACCACGGUAUCAAGCCAGACGCACACUGAUGAUGUCCCGAACGGUGUGGCUCAAGUCAACCCAGAGGUAAGGAACGGUAGCGCCCAAGGGAGAUGGCAGGACCCCCCACGCCCACCCAGCAGCUUGACAACCAGCUCACGAGCCACCAGUGCAACCUACCUGUACUCCUCAUCCUCACGGACUCGAGCCCACUCUGGUACUCUGGGCUUCCUGUGGAGGAGGGAUGCAAGGGCGGAGGUGCUUGUGGAUACUUUUCUGUUCUGGAUGGACACAGUGGAGAUGGUGAGAGUGGCAGGAGUGCCGGCAGUCUUUUACUCUGCCUGGGUGUUCCCUGUCUACAUCCUGGCCCUCAUGUCCACCCUCCGCAUGGUCAUCACUCCUCAAAACCCUCUGCUGUCUCUCGCAGGGGUCGCUCUGCAGGACUUUCCUUUCUUUAUUCUGCGAGUGGCUCUGAUUGUCGUGUUCGGCUAUGUUACCCCUGUGUUGUACCCUCUGAAAAAUGUGCUGGUGAGCCUGACUUUUAUCUACUUCACAUUCCUGACCAGGCUGAAGGUUUUCAAAAGGCAGAGCAUGUUCUGA